AAGUGCCGGGGCAAGUGAUCGGGGCAAAUGCCCUGUUUGUCCGGCGCUAAGAACGGUUCUGAUUACAAGGGUGUCUCACCCUUAAACUAUGGUAAUAUAAAAUGGAAUUGAAAUGGAUCAUUCUGAAGCGCGAUAAGUUCUUUCAAUUAAAUACUAUCUAUACAUAAUACUUAUAAACCAUGAUAAGUGUGUAGGUUACAGUGCUUCUGUGUAUGGCAUAGAUAUAUUAUUGUUGUCCAUUGACAGAUAAUAUCGACUUAACUCCACUAAGAACAGAGUUCGCAUUGGGAACGAAUUAAAAUAAUUGAUAGGCGUGGUACUGAUUGCUAGAUAGGAAUGCUAACACAAAAGAGUGUGACAAAAAUGUGUGGGGCAUUAUCGACAGACUGAGAGCGUGUGUGCCGUGCGGGAGACACGGCAGAAUAGCUUCAUUGUAUGCUAUUGUAUGUAUUCUACGCGAAUAAAACGACGAGGUAGGCGGAAAAUGGAUAGAGGGGGUUUAAUCAUAUGUCAUUACUGUUUAACAUCACGGAAAACCUUAUAAGAUCACGAAAUAGGACGAGUAAGCUUAAAAGUGAUCCCGGCUGUGUGGUGCAAAGCAGAUAUACAUAAUAUACGCUCACUGCGUGUUAGUUUAGUGAUCCGCCCUUUGCCGCUAUAAAAGAUGGCACCGUCUUGUUUCGAAGUGAUCCUCGUCGGUUUUAUCCUUGUGUUGCCAUUUCUCUACGAAAUGAGCAGGACAUUUCGUUACUAUUUCAAGUUUCUCUUGUACUACGGAUACGUGAUGAUGAAUUCAAUCGCCCUGCUUCCAAUUAUGAUGCUACGACCGUGGAACGUGAAGAAUUUCAUACUAGCUUCCUCUGUAUGUUCCUGCCUUACUAAUUUUCUGGGAGUACGAUGGGAAUUAAGGGGAAGAGAGCAUUUAGAGCAAGAGAGAGCAUGCAUAAUAGUAGCGAAUCAUCAAAGUUCUUUAGAUAUAAUGGGGAUGUUUCAAAUAUGGCCAGUAAUGGACAAGUGUACGGCGGUGGGAAAGAAAGAGAUUUUUUAUGCAUGGCCUUUUGGUUUAGCCGCUUGGCUUUGCGGACUGAUAUUUAUAGAUAGAAUGAAUUCAGAGAAGGCUCGCUCAGUUAUUAAUGAUGCUACAGAACAUAUUAAAGACAAGAAGAUAAAACUUUGGAUAUUCCCUGAAGGUACCAGACACAAUACUGGUUACAUUCAUCCAUUCAAGAAGGGUGCCUUUCACGUCGCAGUCAAUUCCCAAUUACCCAUAUUACCCGUCGUGUUUUCAUCCUAUUAUUUCUUAUCUUCAAAAGAAAAGAGAUUUGAUUCUGGGCGAGUUAUUAUAACGAUAUUACCGCCGAUAUCCACGGAGGGACUGAGUACAAAUGACAUUGAACAUUUAAUGCAACAAACACGAAACGUUAUGAGUGAUGCUUUCCACGCAUCUAGUCACGAAGUUCAACUUUCAAGUAUUCCUUCUACUUAGAGUGAAAGCUAUCUCUUUGAUAAAUCAAUUAGAUAGCUUGCCACUUAGGAAGAUAUCUUGCCAUUUAGAAAGAUAUCUUGCCAUUCAGAGCUUGAUUAUAACCGAGCUUUUGUUUCUGAACCAAAGACUAUAUCUUUUGUUAUUUUAUCUAAUGAUUCCAUUAUUUUUAGACGUUUUAAUGUCGUAUUAAGUGCCCGGGACACUCAUGAUAUAUGUACAGAAAUAAUAACGACUCAUGCUUCAGAUUAUAUUUGAUUUUUUUAUCAAAUUUCAUUUACUGAGGUAAAAUUACACUUCUAUUCUAUCUUGGGUAAUAUACAUAUAUGUAUAUAAAAGAAUCCUUUUUAUACAUUUUUAUUUCGACAGUUCACUACGAUAUUCAAUAUAAUAUGUUGACGCAUAUCGUAAUUCAUCUUUAUAUAAAAUUUACCAAUUUUAUAUGUUUGUGAGAAUAUAAAUGUUAACAUAUUCUCACAUAAGAAAUCCUAAGAAAUAUUAUAUGAUAGAGCUUUAACAACUUCUGAUUUCAAAUAUAAGUAAUUUUAUUUUGUUGACUGCUUGGCAUACAAAUAAAGCGCCAAAGUUUACGGUAAUACAUGAAUGCGAAACCUCCCGUAGGUGUCGAACAAUGUUGAAGUAUGCCAAAGAGUUAACAGUCCGACUGGGUAGAACUGUGGUCAAAAGAAUGAAAAAUAUGUAUUCAAAUCUUAGCUCGUUAAGUCGUGUUCUUUUUCUCUACACUGUGUAUUUUGU